AUGGAUCCUCCCUUGAAAAAACCGUCAAUUUGGACUUUCCAGUUUACAAUUCCGAAAGGUUUUUGUCAUUAUCUUAAUUGGGAAUUGUUCUAAAAUGAGUUGCAGAUGUCAUCAACAGCGUUCGUACGUUAUGUGUUUUGAAGGAAAAUCCAUUAUCAUUGCGGACAUUUUCAAUUCAAAAAUUAUCAGAGCUGAAGUAGCCUUUGUUAUUAAACGCAUUCUCAGCUCGGAAAAGCUGAUUGUUGUUCAAGGAGCAUAUGAACUCAGUCUGCUGGAGAUUUUCGACAAAAGAGCUCAAGUGGUAAAGACAGUUCCCUUAGCAAUGCCAUUUACAUUGGGAAUGGUGGAAAACCAAGAAUCAAUCGUCUUACUGUCGCAAACGGAUGUUCGCGUGAUCUCGUCAGAUACCGACUAUGUCUCGCCUCUUCCCACUGAGGAUUUGUCACCUUCGCCGAAGCUUAUCUUUGCAACGUUUGGGCGACGAAGCAUCAACGAAUAUGAAAUCAUUAUUGUUGGAAAUGAUUGUCGAGUAGAAAUGCUGAGUGUGGAUGUGUCCACUAAAAAAACAGCUCUUCAAUGGGCUAAAGAAGGUUUAUUAUAGAGGCUCUGGAGAGAAAGGGCGCGCUGUUCGCAAUCUGGCCGAAUUUCUAGGCCGCGAAGUAAUUAUCCACUGAAAAUGUGGCCUAAUUUUUCAAACUCGGCCCCGAGGUCGCUCAAUUUGUACUGCAAAAAGAGUUUCUCAACAGAUCGCCCUUUCUGUUCGGUGCCCCUAUAAUAACAAAAACUAUACAUCUCACUGUGACUAAAUUAUUCAGAAUCUCUCAUAAAUACAGCAUCUGUAGAGAUGGUUGAUUUACCGCUGUCUGAAAGUCAGCAAAUGAUUGAGGAUGAAUUCGAAGAAGGAGAAAGUUUGUUUGCUGAAGAAAUUGCUUAAAACAGUUCAAGUUUUCAGAGAAUAUUAUUGCUGCUUUCAUGCGUCGUAUACAAGUUCAAUUUGGUCAACUCUGUCGGUUGGUCUCGAAAUCUGUAGAAAAGAUAGUACUUAUUGGUUCUUCCUUGUCUAAUCAAGGAAAUGGCUUGUCAGACUUUGUUCAAUCAGUCCGUACUGUUUCAAAUUCAAUGUAAUUUAAUCUGAGAUGAUUUUUUCAAUGAUGCGUUAUUUUUUUAACAUUUUAGGGGGAACUCGGCUCUAUUCGAACGAGACUACUUCAACCUAAGAAAAGUCAUUAUCGUCGCAACCACGGACGGAACGGUUUUUGGAAUCGACAGUAAUGACGGCAACCUCCUAUGGAAAAUUUGGUUAGGAGAAGAAUUUAGCCCACUAGAAGCUUCCACAAACACGCCGCGCGUUCCAUUGUUCGUACAAAGAACUACAGCGCACUAUCAACUUGAAGGGCUCGCUUCUGUAGCUUUUUCCAAAAAGGUGAGCUGUCAGUGUGGUUUUGCAAAUAUCUCUUGUUUAACUAGACGUGCAAAACUGGCGUCAUUCUCUCUUUCAACCCUAUGAUUGGUAAAGUAACAGCGAAAACAAAUUUGGAGCACCCAAUCAAACGGUAUUUUGCAAACGUCAGUUUUUAAUACUUGGAUUUUACAGAAUUACUUUGUUACCAACUCAUACAAAAGAACAUGUGUUCCCCGUGUUGGUAAUUGGACAAAAAAAUGAGGUGCGUGCACAAUUUCUACCCACCUUCUUUGUCUUUUUCAGAUGACCAUAAAUCCUUCCGUAUCUAAAGAAGAACUUGAUGGUUCUCCCGCACUUCAUUUAAUUGAUAUUGAUUCUAAAUCGCAUUCUCUUCAAGGACUCAAAGUAGACCUUUCAAGAAAAAUAAUAGAUGUUGUAUGGAAUGGUAAUAUUGGAUUAGGAGUUAACGAUGAAAUCAAAGCUGUGAAAGGGAAACCGUUCAAUCGUAAGUUCAAAGCUGUAUCUUUAUUAAAAUUGACUCUGCUCAAUUUAUAGAAAAAGUACACUCCCAAGGCAGGGUCCUCACAGAUCGCAAUGUACAAUAUAAAUACGUCAAUCCCAAUUUGGUAAGAAAAAUUUUUUUUCCAGAAUCGCCUCCCACCCCAGUAUCACUCCCCAACCGCAGCAAUCGCCCCCGAUGCUGGAAUCUGAUCAUACCACAAUCUCUCCCCACCAAUUAUAACGGGGGGAGAUACUGGACCCCAAUGUAAUCCUCCAGAAAUACCCCCCACCCGGUACCAGAAUGGCCCCCCACGGGAUCAUUCCAAAGUUACCCCCGGGUGGUAUGUGGUAUGAUCAGAUUCCAGAAUCGGCCCCAUCAACAAAAUCUAGCCACGCCAAUUUUCGGAUAAAAAAGUAUAGGAUGGAGAGCGUUUUCUGCGGACCUUGAGGAACAGUUUCUAUGUCCUCAGAUUGCUUCUAGGUGUUCUUGUUUUUAGGUAAUACAUCUGCUUCCACGGCACUAAGCUUGGGAAUAUGUGCCCAGUCUGCUGCUAUUAUAGGGACACCGGACAGAAAGGGCGCGCUGUUCGCAAUCUGGACGAAUUUCAAGGCCGCGAAGUAAUUUUCCACUGAAAACGUGGCCUAACUUUUCAAACUCGGCCCCGAGGUCGGUCAAUUUGCACUGCAAAAAGAGCUUCUCAACAGAGUGCCAUUUCUGUGCGGUGCCCCUAUAAUAGGUGUGAGCUUUAUUUUUAAAUUUGAUGUCACUUCCGUGCGCGCUUGAAAAAAGCUAAAAACAAGUUGAACAACUCACGACGGCAUUAUUUUGGCGAAGAAAAAUAUUAAAAUGACUGUUUUUAUCAUGAGUUUUUCAAUUUAAAAACCUGUUCAACUUGGGAUGUCACGUAAAAUAUAAAAACUUCAGUUAUAGAGUGUACGGAUGGGGGGGGGGGUUAUUCUGGUAUUAUACCUGAAAAAAGGUACAUCAACAAAACGGGACAAUUUUAAGGCUGCCGUCGCUUCUCUGGAUAAAGCCGCACAACAGCUAUCAAUUGUUUUGAUCGAUGUUGUGACAGGGCAGGUCGUGCAUAGUGCUUCCUUUGGAAAAGCUGGUGGACCCAUUCAUCUCGUUCAUUCCGAAAACUGGAUCGCUGUUAGUUGAUUUUCAAUUAUUUAAAAUGUGUCUUUUUUUUUGUUUCCUCGUAAUUGGAUAUUUCUUUCAGUACGCUUACUGGUCAGAAAAAGGGAGACGAACAGAGCUGGGAAUCAUAGAAUUGUAUGAAGGAUCCGAGAAGCAGUUCCAAAAAGUAAGUGCAGAUUUUUUUUCAGGAGAAAUCCAUUUAUACAUACAAAGUGUUCCAUCCCACGGCGUUUCUCACUAGAGACACCCUAAUGGGGCUAUUCAGCGUAUGUUUGUUUUCCUUUUUUUUCCGUUUUUUACAUCGCUGAAUUGGAUUUUUUGAGGUAAAAAAAACGGAAAACAAUCAUUUUUUUCACAGCCUGAAUAACCCCAUAACCUUCGGAACCCAACCAUUUCUAAAUAGUACUUCACGUGAUUUUAGCACUUUUUGAUGAUCAAAAUUAUUGAAAUGAUUUACUGAAAAUGAUCAUGAACUUCGUUGACGUCGGGAAUUCCAACUUGACGAUAGAGUGACGUGUCGACACGAGAAUCGAGGAAAUGUCGGGUCGAUUAUCGAAGGGGAUGAUCGACAAAAUUAAUGUCGAUCAACAAAAAAUGCGCGGACUGUCGACAAAUUAUCUAUCGACAACACUUGCCCAAUUUACUUGUCGACAGAAUGUCGAUAGUCGACAAAAUAUUUUUUGUCGACAAUCGCUCAUUGUCGAUAGUCGACAAUCGCUCAUUGUCGAUAGUCGAUAAACUGUCGACAAUUUGUCGACAUUCCCGUGGCCUAGAAAACAUCACGUGUAGUCCGAGAGGACAAUAAAUUAUCAUCAUUUUUCGAAACUUUUUUUCUGUGUUUAUUACUUUUUUUGUACAUAUGACAAUUGUUAUAACUAGGGGCCACAACGGGUUUCACGAAGCUCCGAAUUUUCAUAAAAUUUUUGUUGGAAUGUGUUCCCCUACUCUAUAUGAGUACGCUCCCAUUUUUUUUCAAAAUUUUCGGUACAUCCCGAGUUACGCCCAUUCAAAGUUGGCCUGUUUUCUCCCCGGUCGGCGGCAGAGGAGGGGGCGGAGUCUCGCCUGCAAGUCCGCCGCACGCGUUUUUCGCCUCUGUUUGGUGGCUGAAACCAAAGAGGCAACAUAUAAAUUGAAGAAAAAUGAUGUUCUAAAAAAGCAAAACAUCUUUCAAGGUCCAAAGUUUCGAACCCGACACCUCCGGGUGGGGGCGCGCCGACCAACAAUGGCAUUGAGAACGUCGGUUUGCGCGGCCCCCUUCCAGGUGUGACAUCAGUGGUUUUUAACACACAAAUCCAAAACUGUAACUGUUUACAGUCACUUUAAAAAUAAAAUGGUUUUUAUUUAUUCAUUCACGUCCAUCUAUCGGUUAUAUUCACCACAAAAUUUAUUCUCCUCUCGGACUAUACGUGAUGUUUUCUAGGCCACGGGAAUGUCGACAGUUUAUCGACUAUCGACACUGAGCGAUUGUCGACUAUCGACAAUGAGCGAUUGUCGACAAAAAAUAUUUUGUCGACAAGUAAAUUGGGCAAGUGUUGUCGAUAGAUAAUUUGUCGACAGUCCGCGCAUUUUUUGUCGAUCGACAUUACUUUUGUCGAUACUGUCGACAUAAAUUUCCUCGACUUUUAUCGACUUUUCGACAAACUCUCAUGCCGACACGUCACUCUACUUGACGAUAUGUGGAACUUCCACCUUCCCCCAAUUAGUAUAUGGAAUGCGUUCACGUUUGCUUUUUUUUAGUACUUACUCUUCGAUGAUCACGUUUUUUUUCUCCGAUUAGUUCACAUUGUUCGAAUAUCCAUCAUUUUGAUCUUUGAGCAUUUUGACUUUAUUGAUCGAUGAUCAUUUUGAUUUUCGACGUGACCAAUAGGUUCCGCUUCCAAAAAGUACUGAAAAGGGUAUAAAAAUCGGGGCGAUUCGGAGCGUUAAGACACCCUGGUAGGGAACGGCUAGUAGCCCUCUGGGAGAGGAUGACCCCUUGGAGGGCGUUUCCCCCUAUUAUAGGGGCACCGGACAGAAAGGGCGCGCUGUUCGCAAUCUGGCCGAAUUUCUAGGCCGCGAAGUAAUUUUCCACUGAAAAUGAGGCCUAAUUUUUUAAACUCGGCCCCGAAGUCGCUCAAUUUGCACUGCAAAAAGAGUUUCUCAACAGAGCGCCAUUUCUGUUCGGUGCCCCUAUUAUAUUUGGCUGCUCCCUCGGAGUAUCGACCACAGUCUACUAGCGCAGGCAAAUCGUUUGUAACCUAGUUAGGAGAUUUCGUAAUCUAAACCGAGUUCCUAAUCUAACUAGAUGAAAAUGGAAUCUAAACUAAAUCUAGCUAGAUUUGACCAGCCCGAAUAACCCCAUUAGGUUGGUGGGGUUAUUCAGGCUGUGAAAAAAAUGAAAUGUUUUUUUUUUCGUUUUUUUACGUCAAAAAAUCCAAUUCAGCGAUGUAAAAAAAACGGAAAACAAACAUACGCUGAAUAGCCCCAUAAUUAGAUGAAUUUUGGAUCUAAUAUACGUGUUUUUGCAAUCUGAAUUAGAACAAUUUUGCUUUGCCAAUCUAAUUAGAAAAUUGAUCACUCUAGUUAGAAGAAUUUGCAAUCUAAUCGCAGUAAAUUUGCAAUCUAUUAUAGGGGCACCGAACAGAAAUGGCGCUCUGUUGAGAAACUCUUUUGCAGUGCAAAUUGAGCGACCUCGGGGCCGAGUUUGAAAAAUUAGGCCACAUUUUCAGUGGAAAAUUACUUCGCGGCCAAGAAAUUCGGCCAGAUUGCGAACAGCUCACCCUUUCUGUCCGGUGCCCCUAUAAUAACUAGGUCCGGUUGGAAACGCGAAUUAGCUAGCUAGAAACCAUUCGCCUGAUGUGAGUGCCCCGGCGAACGUAACAAUCUUAAUUUGAAGGGCGUUCAACUGGCCAUUGGAAAAUAGAAGGGCCGACCCUUCUAAAACUGUAUUUAUGGAGUUAUUCAGGCUGUGAAAAAAAAGAUUUUUUUUUCGUUUUUUUAAGUCAAAAAACCCAAUUCAGCGAUGUAAGAAACGAAAAAAAAACGGAAAACAAGCAUACGCUGAAUAGCCCCCAUUGCGGUAGUAUUUUAUACCUUUCGUAUAAAAAAUUAUAAACUGACCCAAAGAAAGAGUAAGAAAUAGACAGACUCCGUUAGCUUUUUAUUAAAUAAGAAGAAUGAUGAUGAUAAUAUUCUCAGGAGGUGUUCGAUUCGUAUCUUCUCAACAAACAGCCUGUGGUUGUUAUGUCGCAAAGCUACAUUUAUGCCCAGGGAGUAGAUUCGAUGACUGUCUCAGAAACAGGUAGAAAUCCUGAACUUUAGACAAAAAUUUAUCACAUCGCCUUUUUCAUUCAGAGAAAGGCCUUACCACUCGAUCUCUAUUGCUAGCUUUGCCAGCGGGAGGAAUACACGAAGUAUCUCGAAAACUUUUGGAUGCCACUCGUCCAAUGGAGCUUACUCCAGCCAUGAGAGAAGAGAUGAUUAUUGGCUAUAUGCCUGAAAUAGCCGCUGCUCCUGAAGAAAUGAUAAAUUACAACAAAACUAUUCAUCGCGUCAAAGGAAUCAAAACAUCGUAAGGUUCUUUCAACUCCAGUCGCGCAGCAUAGAAGCGGUAAUCGGAAUGUAAUAAGUAUCGGCCGCGCAUAGUUGCCAAGUAGGCUGGUCGAACAGGCCAUUUCAGGCGCCUGUUAGACCAGCCUACUGGCAAGUUCCCACCGGGGAACCCCGUGUGUCUGAACAGAUCGCGCAGACGGCCUGAAAUAGCCUAUUCUGUCCGAGAUCCUCAAUUUCGUUGUUACAUUUCAGGUCAUCUGGACUUGAGUCGACUAGCUUAGUUCUAGCUUUCGGAACUGAUUUAUUUUUCACGAGAUUAGUACCGUCGGGUACCUUCGAUAUUCUAAAGGCAAGUCAAAGUUAUUGAAAAUGCCACCGUAAUUUAUUUAGGAUGAUUUCGACCAUAUUCUGAUCUCAACUGUACUUACUGGAUUAGUGUUCGGAUCUUAUGUUACAAAGCAGUUAGCGCGGUCGAACGCCCUAGCUUCCCAGUGGUGUUAA